AUGUUCAAAGAGGUUCGAUCUCAGUCAGCAAAAGAGUGCCCCAAAAUUAAUCUGAUGGAUAUGUUUCAAAGUACGCUUCCAGAGUCUCCUAAAGGGUUGUGGUCUGUAAGGCUGACUGGCACAGACCCACCUGCUACAGCUGAAGGUUCUUCUGAUCAGAGUGACCCAACUCCCACUAUCUUCAACCAUCCUGAGUGGGACCCGGAAGGGCAUUUUCGUUGUGCCAUCCCGUUUCUCACAAGCCAAAAAGAAUUCCAAUAUGUGGUCAACCUCAGUGCAUAUGACUCUCAGGGUGCACCAAUAGAACGUGAGGGUCUGCAAAUGUCGUUGGUUGAGGGGAUGGCGAUCAUGGGAAGUGUGACCUUACAUUUUUCUCGUGCUCCAAAUACCGGUUGUGGGGAUAUACGUUCUUUCCAGUUACAUUGGAGUGCGAUUCAGAUUGUAGGCCCUACACAACUUGUACCGAAGGUUGAGUCUCUUGGGGCUAGCAUAAGUCUUAAAUGUGCAGCAGAGGAAGAGCUUCAGGCUCCCCAUGCGAAGAGAGGACCAUUCUUUGGCCCAGCAAAAGAUGUGGAGAUGGAGGCAUCUGCACCAAAGAAAGAUGUGAAAGGGAAAGGAAAAGAAUGGGAGGAAGAGUCAGGGCAUGCUAUCCUCUAG